UUUAGGUUCUUGACCAUUUCUUUUCUUCCACAUAAACAUCAAUACAGAGUGGAUCUUGCCACAGAUCCACAUCAGCUUAUGUACCAAAUCAUAAACAAUUAUCCUUUUUUUAAAUAAAAAAUAAAAGAUCAAACAGAUUUUGUCCGUCUUACAAAACAAAACAACAAACAUUGGCGCCAACAACACAUAACAGAUCUACUCACGUUUUCCCUUUUCUCUCUGAUUCUGAUUUUGAUUGAAUAAUUUACACAAAAAACAAAAAAUGAGCGGCGGCGAUGCGGAGGAAGCGAGGGCGGCGGAGCUCAAAAAGCCGUUCCUUCAUACGGGGAGUUGGUAUCGGAUGAGUGGCUCCGCCACCGGGAAAGAUCCGAUCAGUAGUGGUAGUAUGGUGAUGGGUUCACGACAAUCCAGUAUUUUUGGUUCUAUUGCUAAUAUGAGCGAAUCCGCCAUUUCCAUUGUUUUCUGUGUUCUUGUCGUUGCUCUUGGCCCUAUCCAAUUUGGCUUCACCUGUGGGUAUUCAUCGCCUACACAAUCCUCCAUCAUGAAGGAUCUUGACCUUAAAGUGUCAGAGUUCUCCUUGUUUGGAUCAUUGGCUAAUGUAGGAGCAAUGGUGGGGGCAAUUGCUAGUGGCCAGAUUUCUGAAUACAUUGGGCGCAAAGGGUCACUGAUGAUUGCUUCAAUCCCAAAUAUCAUUGGAUGGCUGGUCGUAUCAUUUUCGAGAGAUAUCUCAUUUCUGUAUAUGGGACGGCUGCUGGAAGGUUUUGGUGUUGGCAUUAUUUCCUACACGGUGCCUGUUUACAUAGCCGAAAUAGCACCUCAAAACUUGAGGGGAACGCUUGGAUCAGUGAACCAGCUUGCUGUUACCAUUGGCAUAAUGCUUGUUUACCUACUGGGAAUAUUUGUUGAAUGGAGAGCACUUGCAAUUAUUGGAAUCUUGCCUUGUGCUGCAUUGAUACCAGGGCUAUUUUUCAUACCAGAAUCUCCUCGCUGGCUGGCAAAAAUGGGGAUGAUGGAAGAAUGUGAAGCAUCUUUGCAAGUUCUAAGAGGAUUUGAUACAGAUAUUGCUGUCGAAAUGAAUGACAUCAAAAAAUCUGUGGCAUCAUCCCGCAAAAGAACAACAAUUAGCAUUUCACAUCUCAAGAGAAAAAGAUAUUGGUUCCCAUUGAUGUUGGGAAUUGGAUUACUUUUGCUUCAGCAGCUCUGUGGUAUUAAUGGCAUUUUGUUCUAUUCCCGUACCAUAUUUGAAAAAGCAGGAAUUUCUGAGGGUGCUGCUGCCACAUUUGGCCUUGGAAGCAUUCAGGUGAUUGCUACUGGAGUUGCAACUUGGCUAAUGGACAGAGCUGGCCGAAGGGUUCUUCUUAUAGUUUCCUCUGUUGGAAUGACGGUUAGCCUCCUCCUCGUCUCAGUUGCAUUUUUUCUCGAGGAUGUCCUACCAAAAGACUCGGCUUUGCACAGCACGUUGAGCAUACUCUCGGUAGUAGGCCUCGUGGCUAUGGUGGUUUUCUUUUCUUUGGGAAUGGGACCCAUUCCCUGGCUUAUUAUGUCUGAGAUCCUUCCAACGAGUAUAAAAGGCCUUGCUGGGAGUGUAGCAACAAUGGCUAACUUUCUGACUUCAUGGGGUGUCACAAUGACUGCAAACUUGCUGCUUGGUUGGAGUAGCGGAGGAACCUUUACAAUUUACACAUUUUUUGCUGCUAUAACUGUUGUAUUCGUGGCGGCGUGGCUUCCAGAAACAAAAGGAAAAACACUGGAAGAAAUUCAAGCAUACUUCAGAUAAAAAACAAAAAAACAGUUUGCAACACAAGUAUGUGGUUUUAUCCUGUAUCACUCACCAUUUCAUGAGUUCAGCAUACAGAGACAAAAAUGGAAUUGAAGGGGGAGAACUGAGAAGCCGAAAAGGUUUACAUUCCUCCAGUAUAUACUGAAAAACGAUUGUUAUAAAGAAACUUUAAAUCCCAUAUUGGGACAACAAUGAGUUACUUGUUCAUUUCAUUUCAUUCAUUUCUCAACUGUUGUUGAACAAACAAUACACAUAAUUUAUUCAGAUUCUGAAAAACAAUUCAAAUAUGGAAUUCCAUUCCUUGUAAUCUAA